GGGGAUCCUGGUGGCAUCUUGUGCUGCUGCUGAUCCUUUUAUCUCCUCAGUGGGCCUCCUCAGGUCUCAGCUGCUUACAGCGCAAGAGGAUUAUUCUGGUUUUCCUGCAGGAGGAUCAGAGCUGAGCAUCAGAGGUCUGCCGUGGCAGCGGCCAAUGGAUCCAAGCGGAUGGCUUCAGGUGGCGUUCAGGGUGCUGCUGGUCUGCUGGCUGACUGUCGGCCCAGUGCUGGCUCAGUUCCGGCACCCUCUGCCUGUGUUGUGGAUCAUGCCGGACGGCUCCGGAUUGGGGAGGGAGAACCUGACGGCUGGUGUGAUCCCAGCUGUCAGAAUGGCUCUGCAGGACCUGGAGAAACAACCACCACCGAUGGGGAACUAUGAGAUCCAGCUGCAGCUGCUGGACUCACAGUGUGACCCAGCUAAAGCUCUCAAAGCCCUGUUUGAUGCCAUGUGGGUGGGACCCCGCUACCUGCUGUUGCUUGGAGGUGUUUGUCCACCUGUGACGGCACUCAUCGCCCGUGCUCUGCCAGCCCUCAGCCUGGUGCAGGUGUCUUUUGCAGCCUCAUCCCCCAGCCUGUCCAACAGGAGGUGGUACAGGAACCUGUUUAGCACCAUGCCAUCAGACCGAGUUCUGAACCAGGCCGCAGUGAAGCUGCUGCAGCGCUACAAGUGGAAGAAAGUUGGCCUCGUCACAAAGGAAGGCCCCGGACAGUCUGAGAUGAUGAAGGAUUUGAUCCGGCAGCUGCUGAAGGCUGAUAUUCAGCUCGUUGCCACAGAAAGUUUCUCUGAAGAUGCCUGCAGCACCCUAAAGAAGCUGAAGGAACGAGACAUUCGCAUCAUCAUUGGACAGUUUGAUGGUGAUUCUGCCUCUGAGGUUUUCUGCUGUGCUUACAGACUGAAUCUGUUUGGAGCUCGGUACCAGUGGAUCGUAGCAGCUGGGGGACCAGCUAGAUGGGGGCUGGGGUUAAGGCAUUCAGGCUGCACGGCCAACAGUCUGCUGACGGCUGCAGACGGAUCUAUUAGGCUACAGAUCAGACAGUUCAGCAGCAAAAACACACCAGGCAUCUCUGGACGGACUAUCCAGAACUACCAGAACUUCUACCUCAGACAGCUGACCCAGGUCAGGUCUGAGGUCAGCCCACUUCAUUCCUUUGCCUACGAUGCUGUUUGGGUUGCUGCCAGAGCUCUGAGCCAGGUGAUGGAGGCGGUGAAGCACAGAGAGAAAUACAGUGCCCACAGAAACACGACAGUCAGCAAAGAGGAGGCUGGGAAGAUCCUGCUGGAGGCUGUGAAGAACACAUACUUUGAAGGUGUCACUGGUCCAGUUUUCUUUAGAAAUGGAGAGAGAAUGUCGUCAAUCGAGCUGAUUCAGUUUCAAGGCAGCAGCGGCGUGCUGGUGGGAGAGUUUAAUACGAGCACACAGCAGCUCCGGCUGAUUGACAACCGGCUGAAGUUUAAAGGUGGAGGACCAGCUAGAGACCAGACUCUGGUGCUUCUGCAGCACCGUCAGGUCAGCAUCAUUCUCUACAGCAUCAUGUCAUCAGCUGCUGCUUUUAUCAUCUUCAUCACUCUGAUCAUCCUCUGCGUCGUCAUCUUCAACCACAAACGCUGGCUGCUGAUUACUGGCAGCGCAUCCCAGGAUGAGCUGCUGCUGCUGGGCAUCAUCCUCUCUUCAUCCUCAGUCCCGCUCUCUGGCCUGAACGGAGUCUCACUGCCUGACCCGACGUUGGAGAUCCUCUGCUCUGCUCGUCUGUGGACUCUCUCUGUGGGACACGCUGUGGGCUUUGCUGUGCUGUUCACCAAAACGUGGAGGGUUUAUUCUCUCUGCAGCAUAGAGCAGAAGACUCAUCGGCAGCACACCAGCUGUGUCCUGCUCUGGGUUUUCCUGCUGGACAUGCUCGUUUUAACUUCCUGGCAGAUCCUGGACCCUCUCAGAUGGGUGAUGCUUCAGCACAGCUCAGAGAACAACCCUUCGGAUCAGGACGCCAUCAUCCGGCCGUACUCGGAACACUGCAGCAGCACCAACAUGGAUCUGUGGCUCACUGCCGUCUACGGAUACAAAGCGCCUCUCCUGGGUCUUGGAUGUUUUGUGGCCUGGAACAUCAGGACGGCAGAAAUGGCGCCCCCUGCUGUUAACAGUAAACUUCUGACUCUCUGUAUGUUUGCUGUGACCUUGUCCAGCGUGUCGGGAGUGUCAGGAUCUCUGCUGGCAUCCCAUAAUCCUCCUGUUCAGUUCUGUCUAAGCAGCAUCCUCAUCCUCAGCUGCAACAUCUUCAUCCUGAGCAGCCUGUUUGGACCACAGAUGUUGUAUGUGCUAUGUAGCAGCAGUGAGCUGCAGCAGCCGUGUGAAGCUGCAGAUGAGGAAGAUGAGGAUGAGCUCAGCAGGUUCAACCAGCAGCUGAAGAUUCAGAGUUUACAGCUGGAUGUCCAAAUAGAAACCAUCACCAUGCAGCUGUCUGACAUGUCUGAGCCACACUGGUUUCUGCAUGGGACUGGACCCAAAUAUGCAGCUGCCGUCGGCUCUCAAUCAACCCAUGAAGCUCAGGUCUAUUUUCAUAGAGACUCUGAGGGGAAAGUUUCAAAUCUAGACAACAUCAACUCCCCUGAACAUGUGCGUCGCCGUCUGUCUGUCCAGCUGCCCAUCCUCCAUCAUUCCUACCUGCCCGUCAUUGGUGGCGUCAGCUCCAGCAGCUCCAGUCUGUUCGCCAACCAGGAGGACUUCCUGGUUACCUGAUGGCGGGACACUGAAGCAGCUACCUUACUGAGGAACCAGCAGCUAUGACAUUUACAUUUAGAAACUGGCAUUCAUAUGAUCUAUAAGUACUUUCUUUUAGCACAGUAAGCUAAACUUCUUGUUUUUUAACUCUAAAUGUUAGGUUGGUGAACAAACCCUACUUCUGGAAAAGUUGAGAUAUUUUCUACAACACAUUAAAAACUCAAAUCAGGAACUGGUUCAUUUGGUUAAAGGUCCAGUUUGUAAGGAUUACUGCCAUCUAGUG